UAUAUAUUUUCAGGCUGCGCCACUGGUAACGAAUGCAGUACGCCAUGUCUCGACCUCAAAUCGGCUAUUUGCUCAAUCCCCCGAGUUUUCCAGCAUCCUUGAGGAACGCAUUCUAGGCUUAUCACAGCAAGUGAAUUUGGAGGAGACUGGUCGCGUGUUGAGCAUCGGAGACGGUAUCGCUCGUGUUUAUGGCCUUAAAAAUAUUCAAGCCGAGGAAAUGGUGGAGUUCUCUUCGGGUUUAAAGGGCAUGGCCCUCAAUCUGGAACCCGACAACGUCGGUGUCGUCGUUUUCGGCAAUGACAAGCUAAUCAAGGAAGGUGACAUUGUGAAACGCGCUGGUGCCAUUGUCGAUGUCCCCGUCGGUGAGGAGUUGUUGGGGCGUGUUGUGGAUGCUUUGGGUAACCCCAUCGACGGUCUAGGGGCUAUCUCUGCAAAGAAACGCCAGCGUGUCGGCGUCAAGGCCCCAGGAAUCAUUCCUCGUACUUCGGUCAAGGAACCCAUGCAAACUGGCAUGAAGGCGGUUGACAGCCUUGUGCCAAUCGGUCGUGGUCAGCGUGAGUUGAUCAUCGGCGACCGUCAGACGGGAAAAACGGCAAUUGCCAUCGACACCAUCAUCAAUCAAAAACGCUUCAAUGAUGGUGCUGAUGAGAAGAAGAAGCUGUACUGCAUUUACGUGGCCAUCGGUCAAAAGCGCUCGACUGUUGCCCAGCUGGUGCGACGGCUCACCAUCGCUGGCGCCAUGAAGUACACCAUUGUUGUGUCAGCGACCGCGUCUGACGCCGCACCCCUGCAAUACCUAGCACCGUACUCUGGUUGCGCUAUGGGAGAGUACUUCCGUGACAGUGGCAAACACGCGCUGAUUAUCUACGACGAUCUGUCAAAACAAGCCGUGGCCUAUCGUCAAAUGUCUCUUCUUCUGCGCCGUCCGCCAGGACGUGAAGCCUACCCCGGUGAUGUCUUCUAUCUGCACUCGCGUUUACUGGAGCGUGCGGCCAAAAUGAGCGAUCAAUACGGCGGUGGAUCUCUCACUGCGCUGCCCGUCAUUGAAACACAGGCUGGUGAUGUGUCUGCGUACAUCCCGACGAACGUCAUUUCUAUCACGGACGGUCAAAUCUUCUUGGAAAACGAAUUGUUCUUCAAGGGCAUUCGCCCUGCCAUCAACGUCGGUCUGUCCGUCAGCCGUGUCGGUUCUGCCGCCCAGACUAAAGCCAUGAAGCAAGUGGCCGGCCGCAUGAAGUUGGAAUUGGCUCAGUACCGAGAGGUCGCGGCUUUUGCCCAAUUCGGCUCUGAUCUGGACGCCACCACACAGGCUCUUUUGAAUCGAGGUGUUCGUCUGACCGAACUACUAAAGCAGGGGCAGUAUGUCCCCAUGGCGAUUGAGGAGCAGGUCGUCGUCAUUUACGCCGGUGUCCGUGGCCACUUGGACAAGAUGGACCCGUCCAAAAUCACGAAAUUCGAGCAGGACUUUUUGAAGUACUUCCAGGCCAACCAUCAGGACAUCCUCAAGACCAUAAGAGAAGUCGGUGAGAUCUCCCCGGAGCUGGACGAGAAGCUAAAAACCAUCGUCACGGACUUCUUGGCCGGUUACCAGUCGUAA